GUUAGUCACCCCGUUUCCCGCGGCUAUUUGCAGCAAUCAUCAAGCCAAAUUGUGUACCAUGCGACGCUCGCCGCAUGCAUGUACGGUACAGUACUCCACUCCGUUGCAAGCCGUUGACCAAAUGAGGCAAGACCAAGGACGGGAAUCCUAGCCGAGAAGCUACCCCGCGAUUGGGUCCAAUUGACUUCCCCUGCGUCACAACUUUGAGGACGAACCCCGCCAAACCGCGUAUGAGUGUGACUGUUGUGACUGAGGUCGUGAUAAUUAUCGUCAACUCGAUCUUGCAUUGGAGAGACUUGCUGUUGCCAGUGCCCACCCAGGGAUCUUGAUCAAAACUUGCAUCCGCACAACACGAGACCUGUGAACUGUCAACCCACUUUCGUACUUGGUGUUUGAUCCAGCAAGCAGCAUGCCCGAAAUACACCUCGUCGACCGGACCGCCGAGGCGCGCGACGGUCCGGCUGCCACGGAUGCCGCCGCUGCAGCACUGGCCGGCACAUCGAACACAGCCACCGGUGCCAGCCAAGCGCAAGCCCAAACAGUCGAUCCCUGGAACGUGAGCGGAGGCGUCGACGCCGAUGGCAACAUCCAGGCCAUCAACUACAACAAGCUAGUGGAGGAGUUUGGCACCAAACUUAUCGAUGUUGAGCUGCUUGAGAGGUUUGAGCGCGUUACCGGCCACAAGCCGCAUCGCUUCAUGCGUCGUGGAAUUGUCUUUUCGCAUCGAGAGCUGGAUGUCAUCCUAGACAGGCACGAGAAGAAAGAACCAUUCUUCCUCUAUACUGGCAGGGGACCGAGCAGCGACUCGAUGCAUAUUGGUCACACAAUCCCCUUCGAGUUUACCAAGUGGCUUCAGGAUGUCUUCCAGGUUCCAUUGAUCAUAAUGAUGACAGAUGACGAGAAAUACCUCUUCAGCGAGAAGAGGACCAUCGAAGAGGUUCAGUCCUACACGAAAACCAACGUUCGGGAUAUCAUCGCAGUUGGCUUUGAUCCCGAAAAGACCUUUAUUUUCUCGGACUACGACUUUGUUGGAGGUGCUUUUUACAAGAACAUCACCAGGUUGUCAAAACACAUUACAUAUAACCAGGCAAAAGCCAUCUUUGGGUUCAACGACAGUACCAACAUUGGCAAGAUUCAUUUUGGAAGCAUUCAGGGCGCAACGAGUUUCGCUUCGUCAUUCCCCCACAUCUUCGGCCCUGACGAGAAGAUUACUAGCAAAAUACCAUGCCUGAUCCCAUGUGCCAUUGAUCAGGACCCCUACUUCAGAAUGACCCGAGAUGUGGCUUCGAGGUUGAAAUUUGCCAAACCUUCCCUGAUCCACGCGCGAUUCCUGGACGCCCUCCAAGGCCCAGGCUCAAAAAUGAGUGCCAGCAUUGAGACGUCAGCCAUCUUCAUGAACGACACACCCAAGCAGAUCCUGAACAAGGUCAACAAAUACGCGCUCUCGGGUGGCCAGGUCACAGUCGAGGAGCAUCGCGAGAAGGGAGGUGACACCAACAAGGAUGUCCCUUACCAGUAUCUCACCUUCUUCCUCGAGGACGACCAGGAACUCGAGAAGAUCCGUGUCGAGUACAGCACCGGCAAGAUGCUGACUGGCGAGAUCAAGAAGAAGUGCGCCGAGGAGCUCCAGGUAUACGUCCAGUCCUUCCAAGAGCGCCGGGCAAAGGUGACGGACGAGAUUGUGGCCGAGUUCAUGAGGGUCAGGCCCCUGAAUCUCAAGUGGGGCACCCUGACUUCAUCCGACGCCGGUGCAUCCAAGGCAACGGAGGGUGAAGCCGCAGCCGAGGGCGGCGAUGGUAAGAUGACCAAGAACCAACUAAAAAAGUUGGAGAAACAGCGCCAAAUAGAGGAGAAGAAAAAGCAAAAGGAGGCAGCAAAGGGUGCAGCAGCUGCAUGAACAAGCAGCUAGCAAGUAAACACACCUUGAGCUUGUAUGUGAGGGCGGUGCACAAUGCGAGUACUCUCAAUAAAUAUGACAAUGGCUGAGAAAUCCGCAUCCUCGGCAUCAUAAGCCCUGCAUAUGCACGCCAUGGUAUGUGGGGAAGUGCUAUGUAGUGUGUGCUAUGCCCUCGGGGUCGAGGUGUGCGAGGCUCAGCAGUUGCAGUUACGUUUCGAUUUCUCAAGCAUCCGAUGACCGGCGAUGUGUUGUUUACUUUUGAAACCGGUGCCGGAAUCCCAUGUCUCGAGAAAACGCUCAAAGACUCCGGAGAGAUGCGGGGAGUGGUUCCGAGCACCACCGAAGCCCCGCUUAGAUACCGGACGGAUUGGCGUGAGCGGGGGAUGGGAGACUAUGAGUCGUUUGUGAUGUAAUUAAUAUUAACCUUCAUCAGUUCGACCGUCCUACUUACCUAAUGUCAGUUCCCUGUACUGUAUACUGCAG